AUGGACAACCAGUGCCAGCGUCCAGUGCCUGGAGAUGGCAAGACCCCUCGAGCUCCUCUACUUGUUGACGCCGAGUUGGAGCUAUUGCGAGCUCUGGAAGAAGACGUAUUGAAAGAACGAGCGAGCGAAGAGGAAAAGGAAAAGGAGAAGAACGUGGAGAAACAUGGGGGAAGAGGUCCGAUUCGGGACGACGAUGACGAGGAUUAUGACGACUCGGACGACGAGUGA